AGGAGGAAAUUCCCCAAAGGAAGGGGAAAGUGGGUGAGAGCAGCAGAUAAAUAGUAGCCUGAACGCUGCUUCUCUCUACACACCACAUUUCCUACUCCAACAGCAGAAUUGGAAGCAAGAACAGCCUGAAGGAAAGUGAAAAUGAUCAAGAAGUCCUUUCUCAUCCUCCUGCUGCUUCUCCUUGGAACAGUUUUUAUACAAGGAAUGCCAACCUCUAUGGGUAGAGGGCGCUGUCUUUGCCGAGGAAACAGAAUUAUGUCCUCUGUCAACCCAAGGCGCAUUUCUGGAGUUGAAUACCACCGGCCAAGCAGCAACUGUGAUCAGGAGGAACUGGUAGUCACUUUCAAAGGGAGUGGGCAGAAAGGAUGCCUCAACAUUUCUUCAGACCAAGGCCGAAGAAUAAAAGCGGCUAUUAUGAAGAAAAAGAAAUAGAGAUCAUGAGAGAGAAAGAAGGAGAAGAGAGUAAAAAUAUAAAUGGGCAUUUGAGAUGCAUCAUGGAGGCUCGUCACUCAACAAUGGAAAAGGGCUAAGUGCAUGCAGCCAUUACAUUAAUUGCUGGUUUUUUGGGGCAAAGGGGAAUGGAAAAUGUAGGGAAUUCUCCUUUGGAGCUUCUUUUCCCUCUUAGCUCAAAGACUGUUUUUGCUGUGAGAGGAAACAGAAAAAGAAGCUCAAGGAAAAUAAUGUCACAAUGUGAGUGAUCUCCAAAGUGCUGCUAGCCCUGUGGCUUUGACAUCUCUGUGAAUGGAAAGCCAAUGGAUCUUGUUUUGUACCUUAAAACAUCUCUGUAAGAGGGAUAGGAUGACUGCAAUGCUCUUCUGCCAUGCCAAAUGUAGUCCUGUAUUUAUUUCUCCUAUCUUGCAUGCAUUGCCAGCUGGUUGGGAGUGAACACUAGGUGUUUGCUCAAUGGAUGUUGGGGGUCUGGUUUGUUUUCAGAGCCAACUUUAGAAUAUAUAUUUGAGACUCCAAGCUUACCUAGGGGUGGGGUUGUAAAAGUAGGUUGCCCAGUCUGGGGGGGGGGAAUGUUUGUGUGUGAGCAGAGGAGCUAAAAGUAGUUUGAAUCUCUGCAAAAAACCCACCAAAAAACAAACGCUGCAGUUCUCCAUGUGUGUUUCACGCUGACAGCUUUGGUAACUCUGGGAUUCUACUGUUAUUUUGGAACCAGCAUAACCGAUGUACUUGCUUACUAUGUGUAAAAAAAGAGAGAGAGAGUUAUUUUUUUAGAUGUGUUUACUUUGUAAAUAAAGCAUUUUUUUAAAAAAGUUA